UUUUUGUAUGCGGCCUAGCCUGUAAAGAGCGAAAGGAAGCAAGAACAGGUGUUUAGUAACCGCAUUGAUCGUCAUAGAUCACCGCGCGAACGUCUGCAAGAAAUGGGCUGGCGACAAGGCCGACAAGGCUGCCAGCAAAUAAUGGGCAGCCUGAAGCCAUAAUUUGCAGAUUUUGAUCAACUGUCUUGUCGGGACUAGAUGAUGAUGCGAAUCGCAGCCGCCCUGUUGCUCCUCGCCGCCGGCCGCAGCGAUGCGGCAAACGGCACCACGCGCGUCCGCGGCCACGGCUUCUCCUUCGACGCGACCGCAGUGCUCGAGCGGCGCGCGCUGCCGGUCAACGGCUCGUGGCGCGUCCGCCUCCACGCGCGCACGCGGCUCAAGAAGCCCACGCAGCUUACGGUGGUGGAAUGCCGGAACGCGUCCGUGCCGCUCUACGCGGACAACAUCUGGGGCUGCGGCCGGCGGUCGCCGGCGGCGCGGCAGUGGCAGCGCCGCGAGUGGAUCCUGUGCGGCGCGAAGCCGCUGCCAAACGCCGUGGUCGUGCCGGGGCGCACGCACCUCGGCGUCGACUUGUUUUCGCCGACGUUCCAGCACGAGAUGAUCAACGGCGUGCAGCAGCUCGCGGGCGUCUGGCCGCGCUUUGUGAAUGAUACGAAAUCCCAGCUCCUUUGUCAUGGCUUCACGUGCGCCCUGGCGAGAGCGGCGCUGAACUCGUCGCGGUUCAUCGAGGGAAAAAAGUGCCGGCCCUACUUCUUUCCCGUGCUGGAGGUCGCGCUCGUGAGGGGAGAUUUGUUGUGGCCCGGGGCCUACGACCCGUUCGCGGGCCCCUACACCGCGACACUCCUCGGGGGCGCACCGCCGGCACGGCAGCGCCGCACCGUCCUUUACGCUACGCGCAACCACGACGCCUACCACGGCAAGCGCCUCGUCGUGAACGAGAGCGCGGUCGUCGCCGCGGUCUCGGCCGCUGCGGCGGCGGCGGACCUUGAAUUCGUGCUGUUUCGGUUCGAGAACACGGAGGCGAGCGCGCGGGCAUUUUCCGCCGCGGCCGUCGUCGUCGCGCCCCACGGCGGCGCAUUGGCCAACCUCGUGCAUUGCGCGCCCGGCACGGCCGUCGUGGAGAUCGUGCCGGCACAGACCGUGCGGCUCUUCUACGCCGGGCUCUCGUACGCCCGGGGCCUCCGCUACUACGCGUUCGCGGCGCGCGAGUUCAGUUACAACGGCAACGUCGUCGUCGACGCCGAGGCGCUCGCUGACGUCGUGCGCGCGGCGGCGCGCGGGGAUUAGGG